CGGCCCGGAAGCGGCGCACGUGGGGCGCGGCGCGGGUAUGGACUCGCGGGUGGAGGGGGCGGCUCUCCCAGGGCCCACGCGGGACGACGAGAUGGCUGAACUGUCCGAUGGCGAGGAGGCCUGGGAGGAGGAAGAGGAGCAACAGGAGCAGGGAACAGGCGAGGGGCUGCGUGCCCGCUGCCUUUUCUGCGACAGGUGGUUCUGCAGCCCCGAAGAUGUGUUCUGCCACUGUAAUGCAGAGCAUCAGUUUAAUGUUCGUGAUGUGGUCGUAAAACACGGGCUUGAUUUUUAUGGAUAUGUUAAACUAAUAAACUUUGUCAGGCUGAAGAAACCUAUGCCAGCAUAUUUGAAUUCACUCAGCAGCCCACUGCCUUGGGAUGGAGAGGAAUAUCUGAAACCAGAGCUAGAAGAUGAUCUCCUGCUUCAGUUUGAUACUGAAGAUCUGUGUGAACCCACAGACAUUUUGUGUUCUAAUGGUUUAAAUGAUACUACAGUGCUCCUUAAACAAUUAAAACAUGCAGAACACAGAGCAAGACUUGCAGAAGCAGCCUUAGCUAGAGCACAAGAUGAUCUUCAUAAAAUGAGACAAUUUGCACAGGAUUUCGUGAUGAACGCAGAUGUCGGAAGCAGCUCAUCAUCCAACACCAUUGCAGACCUUCAUGAGGAUGAGGAUGGUGUUUACUUCAGCUCCUACGGGCAUUAUGGGAUACAUGAAGAGAUGCUAAAGGAUAAAGUGCGUACAGAAAGCUAUCGUGACUUCAUAUAUCAAAAUCCACAUAUCUUCAAGGACAAGGUUGUUUUGGAUGUUGGCUGUGGAACUGGAAUACUCUCCAUGUUUGCUGCCAAAGCAGGUGCAAAGAAAGUGAUUGGAGUAGACCAGUCUGAAAUCAUUUAUCAAGCCAUGGACAUCAUUAGAUUAAAUAAACUUGAAAAUACCAUUACAUUAAUCAAAGGAAGAAUUGAAGAAGUAGAUCUGCCUUUGGAGAAAGUGGAUGUAAUUAUAUCUGAGUGGAUGGGUUAUUUCCUUCUCUUUGAGUCUAUGCUGGAUUCUGUCAUCUAUGCAAAGGACAAGUACCUGGCAGAGGGAGGCUCAGUUUAUCCUGACAUUUGCACCAUUAGCCUAGUAGCUGUAGGAGAUAUGGAUAAACAUAUAGAAAAGCUACUUUUCUGGGAGGAUGUAUAUGGCUUUGACAUGUCUUGCAUGAAGAAAGCUGUAAUUCCAGAAGCUGUUGUGGAGGUGCUGGAUCCAAGCACUCUUAUAUCUGAAGCCAGCAUCAUUAAGCAUAUUGACUGUAAUGCUGCAUCUACUCUUGAUUUAGAAUUCUCAUCGGAAUUCACCCUAACAAUCAGAACAAGCACAAAGUGUACAGCAAUUGCAGGUUAUUUCGAUAUAUUUUUUGAGAAGGGAUGUCACAACAAGGUCUUGUUUUCAACUGGUCCCCUGUGUACCAAAACGCACUGGAAACAAACAGUUUUUCUUCUGGAGAAACCAAUUCCUGUAGAAGCAGGAGAGGCGUUGAGGGGAAAGAUAACAGUCCGCAAAAACAGAAAAGAUCCACGGUCCCUCCUUAUAACCCUUUUGGUCAAGGACGUAAAGCAGACCUACAGCCUUCAAUGAAAGUUCAAUGAAAUGUGUAUGGUUAUGAAAAAUGUUUAAUUUAACUGUUAGAUUUAACUGUUGAUAGCUUUUUCUGAAAGCCAAAAAUGGUAAACUCUUGGAACUUUGUAUGUGUGUACUCACAACCGUGUGAAGAGUGCACUUAAAACUGAGAGUAUUUUUUGGAUACUCUUGCACUUGUGUAUGGCAACUAAUGACAAAGUGAGAUUCUGCUCUGUUUCACGUAAUGUAGGGGAAAGAAGGAGAAAUAGGGUUUGGGUUAGAUGAGAGAGCUGAGUGAGAAAAAUCAGUUUGAAGUUUUACUGUGAGGAAAAGUAAGUAUGAUCUCUGAGUAAUACUUUAUUCCCCAGCUGGCAAUACUUACCAUUAAAGAAUAGGAACAGGUUUGUGCUUUUUUUUUUUUAAAUAAGGAAAAAGCAGGUAAAUUAUGUGCCACUGCAUCUCAGCAGUAGCUGGAAAAUCCCAAUGGGAAUAAAUUUGGAAUUCCAACUGCAGGCUUGAAGCACGAACAUUAUUACAACUCCGUGAUUAAAAAGUUGUAUCACGUUUCAGUUACAUUGGUCUAAAUAAAUGAUCCGAGUAUGUUUUAUAAUGCUGUUGCGUGUUUCCUUUUUUUCCCCAUUUAAUUGGAUAUUCUUUUAUCUGUCCAUUGAUGGCUCAUUUAUUUGUGACUAAGGUUUUUUUCUGUAUUAGGCUACUGGAGCAUGGAUGGAUGGAAUUGUAUAUUGUUGCAGCUUUAGGAAAAGUGCU